CCACUUGGAUCUAUAUUAUUGAUGGAAAGGGCAUCCGUUACUUCAAUAACUACUCUUUAAUGGUAAUAGCUGGAGAGCCAUACAACGUCUCAUGUGCAGCAACUAAAGCAAGGCCUCCUGCAGUUCUGCAAUGGCUGAUACCAGAGGGCGUGGCCGUUGUUCAUCAGGAUCAGUCUGAUGACAUUGAAGGCAGUUUUUACAUCUCGAGGAAAUCGAUUACAAUCACAUCCUCGAGAAUUGACCAGGGAAAGAUUUUAAGCUGUAUUGCAUUACACCCUGAACUACAAAGAAAUCUUCAAUGUUCUGUUCAUCUCAAUGUUCAGGUACCUCCUGUAAAUGUGCUGCUCUUUCCAACUGGAGAUAAACAGUCAGAGUCAAGACACAUAAACGUUCAAAACGAUUCACCGACUUCAAUUACUUGUAAAAGUAUCGGGUCAUUCCCAGCAACCGAGCUAUCAUUUCAGUUAGAAAGUGACAUUGGUCUUGCUGACAUGAUCCCUAUUCGUGCAAAUAUCUCCAGCAAAAGGAGUACUUUAGACGAUACGUUGUUCGACACCGAGGGAAAUAUUACCAAGCACCUAAAUAUUGAGCAUCAUGAGAAGUACAUUUAUUGCUACGCAUCAUUUGAAAAACACAUAGUCGGAUUUACGUUCACCAAAGUGAUCGUUUACGGCUCACCAGAAGGUAUCAAAAUUACUUAUCCAGUGGACUUCUACGAAGGUAUAGAGAUAAAUGUGACCUGCAAAGCUGUUAAUGGAUACCCCGCACCGCAUAUCCAUUGGUACAUCGGAUCAAGAAAUCAUACAGAGGAUUCGGCUUUGAACAUUAGUGAAAAUGAAGCUGGUCGAUAUGAUGUUGAAAGCAUCCUAAAUCUAAUACCGACGAGGUUCGAUCAUGGGAAAAGUCUUCUAUGCGAGGCAGUUCAACCUACAACACAUCCAGCUCGUUCGGUGAAUCAAAGCUUGGUUCUGAACAUAACAUAUCAUCCCGUUGUGAUAAUUACUGCUCGACAUUUUACAUCAAACAAAGCAAGUGGGACUCCAAAGCUCGUGUUGACAUGCAAAGCGGACGCCAAUCCUCCUGUCAAUACCUUCGAUUGGCUAUGCAACGAAACUGUAGUGUCUAACGACACCAACUACAGACUCACCGAGACUAUAUAUGAAGAUACAACACUAACCUCGAGCGUACUUGCGAUUCAAAACCCACUCUCCAAAUAUCAUUGUGUUUAUAAAUGCACCGCUCUAUCAGAAUACGACUCAAGAAGUGCAGAAUUCAAUUCACUUUAUUUGUAUUUUAUCCCGAAUCCACCAUCUGAUUUCAUCAUUCACCGAAAUCAGACGAGAUCUUCAUCUCUUUUCGUUGCCUGGCAACCAGGAUCAACAUUAGGCUCCACCCACUUGGCUCUAUAUCAUUGAUGGAGAGGGCAUCAUUUACAACUCAAACAACAUCUCCCUAACCGUAAUAACUGACCAACAACAAAACAUCACAUGUGAAGCAUAUGGAGCAAGACCCACUGCAGUAUUAGAAUGGCGUUUACCUGAUGAUAUGGCAGUUGUUCACGAUCAGUCUGAUGAUAUUCUAGACGGAUCUUACAUCUCUCAGAAAGCCGUGACAAUCACUCCCUCAAGGGAUGACCACGGAAAGAUUCUUCGCUGCAUCGCAUCACAUCGAGAACUACCAGAAAACCUUCAAUGCAUAGUACAUGUGAAUGUACAUGUUCUUCCUACAAGUGUGUUGCUCUUUCCAACUGGAGGCAGCCAGUCCCAGACAAGACUCAUAUACGUUCAAGAGGAUUCACCGACUUCAAUCACAUGUAGAAGCAUUGGGUCAUUCCCAACCACUCAACUAUACUUUCAGUUAGAAAAUGGCAAUGAUCUCGACGAAAGAAUUCUUCCAAAUAUCUCAAGCGAAAGAAACAUUUUAGACGAUGCUCUUUUUGACACCGAGGGUACUGUCAUCUUACACUUAAAUAUUGUGCAUCACGGAAGGUACAUCAAAUGCUUCGUAUCGCUUGAAAAAUCUAUAGUGGAAUUGCUGUAUGCCAAAGUAAUCGUUUACGGCCCACCAGAAGGCAUCAAUAUUACUUCCCCUAUGGACCUAUACGAUGGCAUAGAAAUCAAUGUAACCUGCAAAGCUGUUAAUGGAUACCCCGCACCGCAUAUCCAUUGGUACAUCGGAUCAAGAAAUCUUACAGAGGAUUCAUCUUUAAACAUAAGUGAAAAUAAAGCUGGUCGAUAUGAUGCUGAAAGCACUCUUACUCUAAUACCGACGAGAUUUGACAAUGGGAAACACCUUCUCUGCGAGGCACUUCAACCUCCAGCAUUCCAAACUCGUUCGAUGAAUCAAAGCUUGGUUCUGAACAUUACAUAUGCUCCCGUUGUGUCAAUUACUGUCAUGCGUCGUACAUCGAGCAAAGCAAGUGGGACUACGGACCUCGUGUUGAUAUGUAAAGCGGACGCUAAUCCUCUUGUCACUACCUUCGUUUGGCUUUGCAACGAAACUGUAGUGUCCAAGGACACCAAUAACUACAGAUUCAUCGAGACAAUAUCGGAAAACGCAACACUAACGUCCAGUGGACUUGGGAUUCAAAACCCACUCUCCAAGUAUUAUUCUGUUUAUAAAUGCACCGCUAUAUCAGAAUACGGCUCGGGGAGUGCG